AUGAAGAUUGCUCUUGCUUCUGCGUUCCUUUUCUCUUCGGCCAUGGCCUAUGAAGGUCAUAAAGACCAUGCCCACCAUCGUGUCCACGGACAUCAUGGUCGUCAUGGUCAUCAUGGUCAUCACGGAAACCUCCGUGAAGAACAUCCUUACCAAGACAAGCCUCAUUCGCACAUUGCUUACCAUCACGUCGAGCAAGCUUGUGCCAAGGAUGUUCAAACCUUCUGUACCGCUCCUACUGCCCAAAACCCGCUCCUGAUCCCAAAUAUGGAGUGGGCCUUUCCCUCGGACCGUGAGCUCAUGGACAUUGCUCAUACUAUGGAUCAAAUGAUCGAGUCCUUCUUUUCCAUGCCUCCACCAUCCUCUCGUCAUCAUUAUGGCACGGUUACUAUUUACACUCCCAAGAUGAUCCACGAAUCUCCCAAGAGAGCCACGGUUCAUGAUUUGAACUUUGUAGCUGAUUCCACUGCGUCUCAAUUGGCUUCCCAAACCAAGCCGGAAGAAAUCCCUCAGUUGGCCGAAAAGCUAAACAUGUAUGGAGAACACUUGAUGGCUUCUUCGGAAGAAGGAAAGCCCGACCAUCACAUUGGUCGUCGUUUGACCGAAGUGGAUUCCAACACUUUGGAGUCACACGUUCGCCUUCCCUUUGGAUGCCACAAGAAUGCUUGCUUGAUGCACAUGCGAUCCCAUGUGUCUCCCGAGUGUGCUCGUUCCAUUAAGGAAUUGGAGAACAUUAGCCACUUGGAACACCAAUUGGAAGAACACCAAGAUGCUCAAUUGAUGUACAUGUUCAUUUACUUUGCCCUUUUGAUGAUCUUCUUGGCCUUGGUCAUCAAGAAGGCCCGCAAGGACAUGGGCAAGCACCGCUUCGGACACAAGAUUCUCGAGGCUGUCUACGCCAAUCCCGAACUCAAGCGUCAAGUCGAACUUGAAAUGGGACAAUCGGUCGGAGAACAAGCUCCUGUCCCUCGCAUGGGAGGCCGUAAAUGGAAGGAACAAGUUGCGGGUAUGCAACGCAUGCGCUUCUUUUUCCUCCUUGCCAUUGUGUAUGCGUUUAUUGCGGCUCCCUUUAUGAUUUUGCCCAUUUGCGUUUUGGCCAUGUUUGUCCGCGUCAUGCACAUGUGUGUGAUUGUUCACCAGAAGGAUAGUGAUGAUAAUGACGACCACGAAGAAGAAGAAAAAGAUGAUAUGGAGAAGCCUCUUCUUGAAGAAUACACUCCUCCCACUGUUGGAGAGGGACAAAAGCACUCUUUUGAACCCAAGAAGGAGGUCUUUAAUGGAAUUCGCGUCACCACUGUUUAG